UUGAUAAAUUAAAGAGGAAAAGGGAAAACUAAUUUCUUCUUCAUCUGGUUGCUCCCUUCCGGCCCAAUGCGGCUCUAAAUCUCUCUCCGCCGCCGCGCCGUCGCCGACGCCUCACGACCGGAACGUCGCCGCCACUGACGCGCCUCGACGCCGCCGCCAUCGCCGUCCCUGCUCUCUCCACCCCGUCCGCGAGCUUCGACAUCGGUCUUUGAGGCGCGCCACCUAGACCAGUCCCCGCCGGUUGAUGCCCCUUGUUAAAUCCGCCCGUCCGCGACCCUGAGGAGCUCGGCGGCAGCGAGGAGGAUGCCUGGCCUACCUUUACCUGCCCGGGACGCAGCGGACGCUGGGUGUGAAUUCAGUUACCCUCAGUCUGCAGACCAGAUGCGCCAGCAACAGCUUAGAGCUCGAUUAUCUCCAGAUGAGCAGCUUGCUGCUGAAGAAAGUUUCGCGUUGUACUGCAAGCCAGUUGAGCUAUACAAUAUCAUUCAGCGGCGGGCCAUUAGAAAUCCCGCUUUUCUGCAAAGAUGCCUUCAUUACAAGAUACAUGCAAGCCGAAAAAAGAGGAUUCAGAUAACGGUAUCACUAUCUCGAGGUACAAAUACCGAGUUGCCAGAACAGAAUAUCUUUCCUCUUUAUGUUCUGUUGGCUACACCUACCAGUAAUAUUUCGCUUGAAGGGCAUUCUCCAAUAUAUCGAUUCAGUCGGGCUUGUUUGCUUACGGCUUUUAGUGAAUUUGGUAAUAAAGGUCGCACCAAAGCUACGUUCAUAAUUCCAGACAUCAAGAAUUUAUCAACCUCCCGAGCUUGCAACCUUAACAUUAUCCUUAUCAGCUGCGUUUCGGAAGGGCAAGUUGGGGAAAAUCGUGGUGAACAUAACUGCUCUGUGGACCAUGUGGAAGGCUCUGCUCUCCAAAAGCUUGAAGGGAAAUGUUUCUGGGGUAAAAUACCAAUUGAUCUACUUGGUUCGUCUUUGGAGAACUGUGUAACUUUAAAUUUGGGACAUACAGUGGAGUUGGCUUCUGCAGUUAGUAUGAGCCCAAGUUUCUUAGAGCCGAAAUUUAUGGAGCAGGACAGUUGCUUGACAUUUUGCUCUCAUAAGGUUGAUGCUACGGGUUCAUAUCAACUCCAAGUAGGCAUAUCUGCUCAAGAAGCUGGUGCAAAAGACAUGUCUGAAUCUCCAUAUAGUAGUUACUCAUACAGUGGUGUCCCACCUUCUUCAUUACCACAUAUCAUAAGGUUGAGAGCUGGUAAUGUGCUUUUCAACUUCAAGUACUACAACAAUACUAUGCAAAAGACUGAAGUCACUGAAGAUUUUGCUUGCCCCUUCUGCUUGGUAAAAUGUGGAAGCUACAAGGGUUUGGGGUGUCACUUGAACUCAUCACAUGACCUAUUCCACUUUGAGUUUUGGAUAUCUGAAGAAUGCCAGGCUGUUAAUGUUAGUCUGAAGACUGAUGUCUGGAGAACUGAGCUUGUGGCUGAGGGAGUUGAUCCAAGACAUCAAACAUUUUCCUACUCCUCAAGGUUUAAGAAGCGUAGAAGGUUGGGAAUGUUGGGAACCACAGCUGAGAAAAUAAGCCAUGUACAUCCACAUAUCAUGGAUUCAGAUUCACCUGAAGACGCCCAGGCAGUGUCUGAAGACGACUUUGUGCAGAGGGAGGAAGAUGAUAUUUCUGCACCACGUGCUUCUGUUGAUCCUGCUCAAUCAUUACAUGGUAGCAAUCUUUCACCACCCACAGUACUACAGUUUGGGAAGACAAGGAAACUAUCUGCGGAGCGAGCUGAUCCCAGAAACCGGCAACUCCUGCAGAAACGCCAGUUUUUCCAUUCUCACAGGGCACAGCCAAUGGCACUGGAACAAGUUUUCUCGGACCGUGAUAGUGAAGAUGAAGUUGAUGAUGACAUCGCCGAUUUUGAAGAUAAACGGAUGCUUGAGGAUUUUGUUGACGUCACAGACGAUGAGAAACUUAUUAUGCAUAUGUGGAACUCAUUUGUUCGGAAACAAAGGGUGCUAGCUGAUGGUCAUAUUCCUUGGGCCUGCGAGGCAUUCUCCCGGCUUCAUGGAAAACAUCUUGUACAGAAUCCUCCUCUACUAUGGAGCUGGCGUUUCCUUAUGAUUAAACUCUGGAACCACAGUCUAUUAGAUGCCCGCGCCAUGAAUGUCUGCGGCACAAUUCUUCAAGGCCACCAAAAUGAAAGCGGCUCGGACCCCAAGAAAAUGUGAGUCGAGCAUAGUGCGCUCAUUAUAAUUUAAAUCAAGUGGGUGUUUGGAGGAGGCCUUAGGAGCAGGUUAAAGAGAGGGGAAAGCUGCACCUGAGGCCAUGGAGGACUAUUCUCGAUUCUAUUUAUCGAUCGGUUGUGUUGAAGCAGCAGUGAUCCGGAUGAGAUGUGUUUACAUGGACUGUUGUUGUUCGUCGUGUUCUGUUCCAUGGAUAAGCGCCUUUAGUGUCGCAGAACUUGUCGUAUGGUCUGCAAACUUGAAUCAGUGUUCCUUGUUGCAAUAAAACCUAUCUAAACUUA